AGUUCAGUUCAGACCAGGUUUCUAUUGUAAGAGGACGCGUCUCUGGUAUUCAUGCGAUUCCGAUAGUCGGUGUCUGGACAUACGAAACGCUUCGCAACCCUCGCUUAGGUGAUUCGCUCGGGCUGAUUCACGUUUCAUUAGCAUAGUACGCUGCCAGCCUGGACUUGGCUAGGUGUCCUUCGUGUGAUACUGCCCCCUAUUACGUGCCACCUGUUCGAUUGGAUCGAUCCUUUUUCGGGCACAAAUUAUUCAUUACCCGCUCGCGUGAAGAACGGCUGCCCAUUGCAAGCUGCUUGCAAGGCCGUGCUACCACCCACCCCCUCGGGUCCAGUCAAUGCACCUGAGCCGGACGAAUGUAGACGAAUCUGCAUCUGGAACUGGAGCGAUUGUGAGUGCGAUUCGCUCGCCGCGGUAAUGAGUAGUGAAUACGAACGUCCGGCUUGACCACCCUCGAACGCCACCUCAAAACCACCCCCAACCACUAGAAGCAAUUAAGAAAAUCGUAUUACGACGAGAAGUGUGUUUGUGGGCCUUUUCCUGGGCCAAUUUUCCAUCCCCCGCAGAUUAAUACUGUUGUUGUUGUGCUGGUGUCUGUUAUUAGUUGUGUAACGCGGCAAGCGAGUGAUAAUGAUUAGAACCACCUCGAGACCUGGCGGAACGACUCCUGGCAAUUAUCAAAAUCGUCACCACUGAAAUGCGGAUACCACAUUAACGGGGAAGGAUCCACUAUCUAUGAGACAUUUCCGCGGGAUCGACUUGGAACGCGACACAGGCAUUCGAAAACUUCAAAAGGAUUUUCGAAUAAGAUGAAAUAAUCCACCGCCGCGUGAACACACGGCCGUAUGUUCUUACACAGGACUCUUUGCUGCUGCACUCGACCACCACGUCCACUACCAUCGGCCAAAGGAAACACUCGCCCGAAGAUGCAUCUUUGCUACCCAUGGCAAUCGAUACUGUUCAUCGUAGUGCUUCUGAAGCAGGUCCGGAGCUUCUGUCCGUCAAAGUGUACCUGUGUAGGGGAUGCGAAUCUACGUGCCUCAUGCAUAAGUGCAAGCCUCGAUGAGGUUCCGAUCCAGCUUAAUCCUGAGUCGAAAUACAUAAAUUUGACGCUGAACAAAAUCCGCAAUAUUGACUUCGCUUUAACCUUUUAUACGCAACUGGAAGUGCUGGACCUUUCGCAGAAUGUAAUCGAAACGUUGGGAUCGAAAAACUUUGAGCUGCAAAAUGAGCUUAGGACCCUCAAUCUCAGUAGGAAUAGUAUAACGAGUCUGAGCAAGGACGCCUUUAAGGGAUUAAAAAAUCUACUUCUACUCGAUUUAAGCUACAAUCGUCUGGAGACGAUACACCCGAGCGCAAUGCUCGAUCUCAGUAGCCUUAUUGAACUGGACUUGUCGAGUAACUUCAUCGUAAGCAUGGAGGGCGGUGUCUUCAGGAAUAUGAUUUCGCUGGAGAUAUUGCUGUACGGAAACAAUCAAUUGCUAGAUGUACCUGCCACAAAUUUGGAGUAUCUUCGAUCGCUGAAAUCACUGGAUCUGUCCGAUAAUCUUAUCGAAUUCGUGCGGAAUGAAAGUUUCGGAGGACUCAAAGAAUUGAUGAUUUUGAGCCUCAGCGGAAACGUUAUUUCGGAACUGGAUGUGGGAGCUUUUGAUGGCCUUAUUGGUCUAAAGCAUCUGGAAGUAGCUGACAAUAAUUUAACAAUUGUGCCAACACAACAACUUUCGAAACUGUCGAAUCUUACGUAUUUGUCGUUAAGUGGUAACAAGUUCAAACAACUGCCGGCGGUAGGACUCCUGAACCUGUUCCACUUACGUGAACUGCACCUGGAGCGCCUCAACCGACUGGUUCGGAUUGACUCACGAGCGUUCGUGGACAACACCCACCUGAAAUCCAUCUUCCUGGACAACAACCCCCUGUUCACGGAACUGCCGCCCAGAUUGUUUCACGGAAAUCCCAACCUCAUGGAGAUCUCGAUGCAAUACAAUAAUCUGAUAACCCUUGACGCAGCUCAGUUCCCCAUUGACCGAAUUCAGUUGCUUCAACUUGGAGGCAACCCCCUGCACUGCAACUGCUCCUUGCUGUGGUUAUGGCGCCUGGUAACAGGGAACAUCGAGGAGGCACCAACGGACGUCUCAGCGGUCGAUCGCGCUUCUGCCGCCUCUGGAACGAUAGAGCAGAACAACAGUGCUAGCUCUUUGCAAUUGGACAGUGAUCUGAUUGGUUGUGAUAUUUGGCAGGAACAAGUUAAAAUCCGAAAACUGCUAAGAACUAUGGACGAGAGUGAAAUAACGUGUCCCGCUCAUAUAGUAACGAUAGUGUGUGCAAUUCUAAGUAUUCUAGUUGUAGUGAUGACCGGUGUCAGCAUACUAUUCUAUUUGCAAUUCGUCAAGCGCCGGCGAAAACUCCUGCACGAGGGGCGUAACCUUAAGUCGAUUGUUGACGUGAAUGAUCGGAUAGUGCAGCGCAACCAUAGCCAGCACAAUCACCUGGAUCACAGUCAACACUCGAGCCACCAACAGCAGGUGGACAAGUUCGAGCUGGAACGAUAUUUAGCGGCACAGGCGAUUGCCAAUGAAUAUCGUGCCUUAAAGCCCUGGGAGCUACCCAUCAAGGAGGCCCUGGAGGAGCCUGAGCACCACUACGAAAAGUUCGACCACUAUGAUUAUCCUGAUACGCGACAGAUAUCCAAGCCCCACGUUGUCUACGUAUGACUCUUAAAGGAUAAUCGUUAUAUUAAUUAUAACUAUAAAAAACUAGGUUAAAAAUUAUUAGAGUUUUCUUAUUAUUAUCUAAAUCGUUACAGAUACAUUUAUAUUUUAUGUAUAUGAGCAUUCAUAAGAUUUUCUAUUCCUAUACGAAUAUUGUUCUUUUUGACGACGUUCUUUUUUGAUACUACACAUCGUCCGACGGUAGGAAAUAUUAAAGUUAAACAUUACGUAUUUGUAUAUUAUGAAAGAUACAUUUUUUAUAACCUUUAAUAAAUCAAAAUAUGAGAACUGUGCGAACGGUGACGACCCUUGUCAAGAUGACCCAAUGGUAUUAGGAAUUAGGCGAGUAGGCACGGGAGCCCGUGGAAAACAAGUCAAGUGCAAAAUAUCCAUGAUUUACUUAGAAUUUCACAUUCGAAACAGAUACGUACUGGCAUCCUUACUAGGACGCGCUAGCUGAGUCUCCUGCAAGCAAUAAAAAAAAAGAUAAAAAAUACGGAAACCUUACAAAUGUAUAAACUUCAUUAACUUAUCUGUACCUAUCGAUUUGACUUUCUUCUAUUUUCGCUAAAGAUUCAUUUGAUUGUACACAAGAGACGCGAUGAAAGUGCAUUUUUUAUAUCUAAGACUAAAACUUGAAUUAAGUCAAUCAAAAUAAGAAAAUGAGAGAAAGCUUUCCGUUCUUCCUUUGUACUACCAAACAAAAUUCUUAAACUGAAUUAAAAUUAAAGUAAAUUUAAUAAGUAGGUCUGUUAAUUACUGAAAUUCUUAUGUGGUGAUAAAUAAGAUGAAAAAAUAAGAUAGAGAUAGACUAAUGUACCAUAAAAUACCGCAUAUAUGCAUACAAAAACAAGUAAAAAAAAAAUACAAUUAUUAAAAAAAAACAUUUGCUAUUUUCUUAUUAUGUAAAUUUAUCGCAGAAAGUGAAAUAAAAAUGUAAAAAGAAAUUGUAAAAAAACCUUAUUAAGUAAAAUACAAGCAUUGCUGCUGGCUAUUGCAAAGUUAAAUAUGUAAAAAUCCCAAGUUAGGGCCGACAUGCAAAACUGAAAGCAAAAUGUGAACAAAGGAUCAACUUAAUUAGAAUAUUGAAGAAGAAGAAGAACUGGGCAACAAUAAAGAAACACAAAAAAACAUGAAACAGAAAAUAAAGUAUAAAUAAACAUUUAU